UUCAAACAGCCGUAGUGAAGGAGACAGACGCGCAGAAUACGCACAGAAGCUCCAGCCUUUGGGCAUAUAUGUAACAGUAUCUCAAGAGACCGAGGAAGCAUCGGCAAACUGAAUGAAAAGCAAAGCAGAUGACAACGGGGCGAUAAGUGACACCCGAGAGAAGCUUUUACAACUUUAAACGGUUUGGAUAUGAAGUAGAGCGCUGCGUAAAAGCUUGCGUAAGCGUGCGAAGACCAGACUAAGACGACAACUUUUCAUAGUUAUUUAUUAAUUUAUUAAUUUAUUUUUUUAAGAUGAACACCUCGGAUAUUCUUUGCGCUUCCGAAUUUGCAAAUUCGUCUAACUUUUCGUGUGUGAACCGAACCAUCCCCUCCUACAGCAUCAUUGACAUCGCGUCUUUCAUGCACAUCUUCCCCACUAUCUACGGCAUUCUGUGUUCAGUUGGAGUUCUGGCCAACGGUUUGGUGAUCUAUGCUGUGGCAUCAUGCAAGAAGAAGAUGGUCUCUGAUAUUUACGUGCUGAAUCUGGCCAUCGCAGACCUGCUUUUCCUGUUGGUGAUGCCGUUCAACAUCCAUCAGCUGGUCAGGGACCGACAGUGGGUCUUUGGCCACUUCAUGUGUAAAGCUGUGGUGGUGGUGGACGUCAGUAACCAGUUUACCACAGUGGGCAUAGUAACUGUACUCUGCAUUGACAGGUACGUUGCAAUUGUACAUCCUACAUCUGAAAAGAGGACCAUUCAGUGGACCAUCAUCGUUAACAUUAUGGUGUGGGUGGGCAGCUUCCUUCUGAGCAUCCCAGUCAUGAUAUACACUAAAGUCAUCUCCAAAAAGGACAUGGACAUCUGUAUGAUUAACCUGGAUGGGCCUCAGGAUAUGUACUGGUACACGCUUUACCAGUCCACACUGGGUUUCAUCGUCCCCCUCAUUAUAAUAAUUACAUUUUACACUCUCACUCUAUACCACGUGUUCCGCUCCAUCCGGAGGGUCAAACGCAAGCAGUCAGUGUGGGCCAAACGUGCCACCAAGACAGUUGUGAUGGUGAUCGCCCUGUUCCUGGUCUGCUGGUCCCCCUACCAUGUCAUCCAGGUGAUCAACCUCAGCAUCCAGCAGCCUACCAGCGCCUUUGUGUACGCGUACAACAUCAGCAUCUGCCUAAGCUACUCGCACAGCUGCAUCAACCCUCUAAUGCUGCUGGUGUUUGCCCAAAACUACCGCGAUCGCCUCUGCCAUCACAAAGAGCUGCGCUCCCAGAUCAGCUCAUCCAAGACCACCGUCAAAACCGAGGGAGGGUCUAGCGUCAGCCCGGACACCAGCCACCGCUGUACUGUCAUCUAACACCCGUCGAGCCUUGCUAGACGUGCUAACUGAGGAAAACGAAGAGAAAAGUGGAGGCAUGUACUGCAACACUUGCUGCACAAGUGUCAGUCGCAUGGUAGACUGUUUCUCAAAGGGGAAAACUGUGAAAUGAAAUGCCACAGUAAACUUUCAGGAGACAUGAAGGAGUGAAUCAGCACUCAACUGUGUCUGUGGUUUGUGUCACACUCUGGAAAAGUGAUUAUAAUGUUAUUUUACUCUUUUCAGUGUUUACUGUUAAUUUAUCUGGUAUUCAUUGUAAACUGUUAAUGUAUCUGUUUUUUGAAUGGUUCACCCAAAAACCAAAGUUCGGUCAUCGUUAACUAGCUGGCAUGUUGUGCUGUGUGACUUUUUUUGCCAUAAAACACAGUUAGAAUUUUUUUUUUUCUUUUUCCAAGCAAUUAUAGUGAAAAGAGACUGAGGUAUUCAAGCUUCAAAUAGACAAACAAAAACAUAAACAUAUUAUUAAAAGUAUAAUAAAAGUGCAGCUUGUUGUGUAUUUCAGUUCUUGAAGUCAUACAAUAUUCUUUUGUGUGAGGAACAAACUUUUAAUGAGUGAAAUUUUAAUGAAUGUCAUUGAUAAUCUUCAAAUGAGCUGUUUUACAAGCAGAUCAUUUAAUCAGUGAGCUGGAUUAGUUCAGCUUGUAAAUGAAUUAUUCAGAUUGGUUUAGUGACUGAAUCGUCUGAUUCGUUGAACAGAUCAGACUCAAAAUUAUCCAUGCACAACAUUUAUUUUGCUAUAGUAUGGCUUCAGAAAUUUUGAAUAUAGUGCAUGAGUCAUAUGGACUAUUUUAUGAUAAUAUUAUGAUGUUCUUUUCGAAGCUUUAAAGCUUCAGUGCUUGUUCAUUGAAACUGCAUGGCAGAGAAAUCAGUAUAAUUCUGAAAAAAGAGUGCCUUUUGUGUUCCAAAUAUGAAAGAAUUUCAAACAGGUUCAAACAGGGAGCAUAAUUUACUCACAUGAGUGAAUAAAUGAUGACAGCAUUUCUAUUGCUUAUUCUCUUUAAAGACAAUGGUCAGGAUUUUUGUAAUAUAGCAUUUGUGGCUUUUGUUUGCAUUGUUAGGGAAUGAUAUGAGAAUGACAUCAGAAUCGUAACUGUCUUUAAUACAGACAUCAAAUAAAAUGUCUACAGUAUGUAAUAUGUACUUUUGUGUGUGUGUGGGCACGUAUAGUGUUAAAGAAGUCCAAUAGUAAGUAAAAUAAGCAAAUAUGGUGAUUUAAGAUAGGUCUAACUCAUAAAUAUGACAUUCUAUGGCAUUCUCAUAAAUGUGUAAAUAUUGGCUUAACGUUUAAGCAUUUUGCUAAAUAUAGUACACAUUUAAAUGUUUUGGUUUUAAAUGUCUCCGAAUUGUUACUGGACCCUUGACCUUGACCAUAUGUAGUCUUGUUGUAAUGCAUGUCUGUUUAAUCUUCACUUAGGACAUUGUACAAGACAUAAUAUCCGUGACUGUAUGCUUCUGAGCAUUUUAUUACAUGAAUUCACAAAGAUAUCCAGUGUGAAAUUCCCUGUGUGGUUCUGUUUUCCCGUUUUAUUUCUAAGAAGCCCCUGCGGCCCAUGUGAGAACAGUCCUGUUCACUGUUAACGUGUGACACUUAAACUAUGUGUGACUAGUCACAUUUCAGUCUUGCCACCCUCAAUCAACACAUUAUGAUGCCUGGCAAGUAAACAAAGAACUGCAUAUUAUUUAAUAUAUAUUUUGUCGUGCAUUGACAAAUACAUGACAAUUUUUAAGUCACUUGCAAAUCAGGAAGAAAUGUAUACUUCACGAUCAGUGAUAACAUAUACCUCCUGUUUCUUGUCUGUCCAUCCUGAAGGCUUUUGAUUUUAAAACAUUGACCAUUUGAAUGAAAAAUCAAGUAGUUCUUGUAUCACGCUGGUGUGCAUUUGUAAAUAAA